AUGCGACUUACCACCCCAUCCACAACACUUUUCUUGGCAAUUUUGUCCUUGAAGCAGCCACGGGAAUCCGAAAGCUUCUGGGCGUCACCUUCUUUGGGUAGCAGCCCUUCGUUUCUUCACGGCCAAUAUCAUUAUCGCAAUCGCAACCAACUCAAAGCGAUUGUGGAUGACCGUCACGAAAAUGUUGGGCCCUCCAGGAAAAGACGCUUGCGGACGCAUGUCCUGUCCUUUGCCAAAUGGUAUCAGGAACAAUCCGUGGAGACAGCCGAUCCUGCUGCAUUGGCAUUGGAGGGACUUCAGAAGGUGUUAUCCACGGCCAAGGCCAAUUCCAUUAAUGAGCUCUCAAACAUGGAAUAUCUUCCAGCGGUCGAGCUUGCAGUGGGGGCGGCAAAGGCGUUUAGUGCCAUUGAUCGCAACAUUAAACGGUCCAUGGCCGAAUUGGGCUAUUUGAGUACAACACUCAAACGCAUGGCCAAGGAGCAGAGCCAGAUUCUGGAUGGCUAUCACGAGAUGGCGCAAAUAUAUCGGGGAAAUUGGCAAGAUAUCAUGGAAGAGCUUUCGGAUUCGGUAGACGAGCUUUUCGCGAUGGAGCAGAGCCUGAGGUUGGCAAGGUCAGAUCUCAUGGCAGUGGAUGGGUACUUUCAAGAGGCACGGGCCCGAAACAACGAGUUCAUUUUACUUCUAGCGGAAAAUCUGAAUACUGCUGUGCCAAUCUAUCAGCAGCAAGCGCUGAGCACAUCUCAAGCCUUUGAAGAGAUCGACGGCAAGCUGUCAAAGGUGAUGUCAGAUGUUCAGUACCUUAGUUCUUCGUUCGAAGCGUUGAGCAGUUUCUCUCAAAUCGAUCCUUUGGGUAGCAGAAAUGGUACGGAGCUGGUCAUUCUGCCCGACACACCCGGAGAAAUGCUUCCGCCACCAUUUUCACCCAUCUUGAGCUUGCAGGACCGACGGCAAAAAUUGAGGUCGGCGUUGGCAACAUCUGUAGCAGCGGCAGAUGCCUUCAACAGAGCAAAAGCAUGGCAUGGAGAGUAUCACCACGUACUUAAUGAGCUGAAGACGUCUGUUGAAGUGUUGGUGGCAGAUGCCGAGUGCAAAGAACCAACAGUGGAAGAACCAGAACUAGUUGAUGCAAUGCCACCGUCAGUGCAAGAGCAGGCGGAGAUUCCCAGUUUAUCAUUGGGCUCCUCGGAACACUCGGAAAGUGCUGGUGACUCUCCUGAUACUGACAAUGCACUUCUUCCAGUCAACGAAGACGAGGAAAGACCUUCAUACCAACCAGAAGGGGAGGAAUCAGAAGGGGAGGAAUCAUCGCAAGCGGAUCAAAAGUCGUUGUGGGCCGAAUCGGUACAGCUAUCCAGCGAAGCGGCAAAGGCAUUCGACAGCGUCACCAGCAAUAUGGAUGAUUGUGAUGCCAAGAACCUUUCUCUGCUACGUGAUAUCAGUGACUCUUUCAAAAUCUUGUCAUCUGGCGAUUGCUUGCUUGAUAUUUUUACGGAAAAGAAGAAGCCCUCGUUGCGUUCGCCCACAUCGCAGCUGCGAUUUCGAUCAGAGGAGAAAGUGGAUGCAACGCCAGCAGUACACUGCCACGAUUUGUUGACGUCACAUGUUGAGGAGGAAGAUUCGCCAACAGAGCAACAAAAGCCCACAGAUAUCCCUGAAAGGCGAGCAGUCGAGCUCGCCCACGCAGCCGCCAAGGCAUUUAAUGAGGUCAACGACAGCAUGAUUGAAAACGACAAGAUAUACGUUGCAGAACUGCAGCAGCUACAGCAAUGCUUGCGAGAGAUUUCGAGGGCUCCAACGAGCGCUUUGUCUAGUUCAGCCGCAGAAACAAAAGUGGGCUUCGAGAGGCAGGAAUCAGCCGAGGAGAAAACGCAAGCAGAUGCUUCAAAAAGUACGGUCGUUUCGCCAACACUAACGUACUUGGAACGCUCGUCCGAGGCACAACCAAUGGUAUUUUCAACGCAAUCAGUUGUUCAGACAACGGUCCCAACCAAAGCGUCGACUGGAGAGAAAACAAGAAAGGCAAAGUACUUGUCCACCAAAGCUGCAGAAGCCCUUCAAUCCAUGGACCAAUCAAUGUGCAAAAAUGAUGCCUUUAUACAUACUGCGCUGAAUGAUAUCAAAGUGUCCUUUGACCAGAUGGCAGCUGCAAAGACUGCCGGUGCAGAUGAAAGUGAAAACUUGACUUCAACAGAACAGGACGCAGAAAUUGAUUCGACCUCUGAAAUGUUGGAUGAAAAGCAGGAGAGCUCAACCCCACAGCUGCCAGUAUCUUCUGCAUACCAGUUGGGACCGCAGCAUGCCCAGCGGAUUGCGCAAGAGAGCGCCGACGCCUUGGGAAAACUGACAGCUUCCAUGGUUGGAAACGAUGCUAGCAUAUUAGAAGAGCUGCAUUCUUUAAGGCAGUCCUUCAAAACGUUGGCGUCAGAUGAAUCUGAUAUGUUGUCUUGCUUCACUCCACAAGCUGAAUACGAAAGGGAAAUAGGAAGGCUUGAACCAAUGUCCAGUACUGUGCCCAAGAGUAACUUCAAAUCUUCCCCACCAGAUGCACAAAAAAUAGAAUUGGAGCAUUCUCAGGAUUCUGUGAACACACCUGAGGUUCAGGUGUCCAAACAUCCCUCUUCUCCAGCAGAGCAGCAAAGAAUGAAACAAGCCCAAAAACUUGCAGACAGCACUGCUUUAGCCCUCAACAGAGCAAAAGCUUCCAUGGUGGGCCAUGACAUGAGCACGCUGGAGGAACUGCAGAUGCUGAGUGACCAAUUCAAAGAGCUGGCAUCUGAAAAGUGUGACUUUUGGGGACUUUUUGGAGAUAAUUGCAAUGAUGAUGGAGUAUGGAAAUCAGCUGUAAUGACACACUACCCAGAAGAUACAGAUUCGAAGAAUGAGCAAAAAUUGUCAAGUAAAGACAAGAACAGUGCAGAUCACAACCAGCAGCCACUGAUAAAUGAACAAGCCAAGGAGGCCCCAAACCUUGCUUUUGCGGAACAAAUGAGAAUAGAUCCGUCCAGAAAGGAGUCUCAAAUGCUCUCAGAGGCCAGUGCUGAUGCUCUUAACAGCAUGAGUGCUUCCAUGAUGGGGAAUGAUGCCGGCACACUGGAUGAGCUGCACACACUAAGUGACUCCCUCAAGAGGCUGUCCUCUGAUGAGUAUGAUUUGUAUUCGCAGGAUAAACCAGCAGCAGAUCCUCCACAGCAAUUGGGCGAAGCUGAGCCAAUCUCUCCACCACAAGAGCCACCAAUUCAGGCUGCCUUUGUGCAAUCCAGACAUGUCGAACCGGCCAGCACAGCUGCGUUUGUGUCAGGUCCACAAGAGAGCCAGGAACCAGCAAUGGAUGAACAAGAGGUGGCGGCCACAGACCUUGCUUUUGAGGAACAAAUGAGAAUAGAUCAGUCCAGAAAGGAUGCUCAAAUGCUCUCAGAGGCCAGUGCUAAUGCUCUUAACAGCAUGGGUGCAUCCAUGAUGGGGAAUGAUGCUGGCACACUGGAUGAGUUGCAUACACUAAGUGACUCCUUCAGGAGGCUGUCCUCUGCUGACUAUGAUUUGUAG